AUGCUCUUCCUGCCUCGAUCAUGCAUUACUCGGACUUUUGCCUCGCAGGCUAAGAAACGCCCAAGGCGAUUGGAUAGAACUAUUUCCCUCGACCAUUUCCUCCAAAGGGGCAGAGCCUUGUCCCUAUGGCGCACAAUCAUCCGCGGUUGUCGAAGGAUAUCGGAUCCCAAUUCUCGUGAAGAGACGCUCCAUUUUGCAAGGGACGAAUUCAAGAGGAACAAAGAAGUCAAAGAUAUUACCCAAAUCCGGUAUUUGAUUUCGACGGGCAAGACACAGUGGGAGAACAUGGAGAGAUAUAUUGAUGGGUUAUGA